UGAAGCAUAUGAACCCUUUUUUGGUUGUCGCUGCUAAGGACAAACUUACUACUCUGGAAUAAACCUAAAAUUGAAAUGUUUACAUUUUCCAAAAGUUUAUCUUUGAAUCUUCAGUUUUUGAAUUGUUGGGAAAUUGAGUCCUGUUGGGAAAUCCUCUUAAAACACCACACAAGACCAAACACUGACCAAGGAGGGCAUGUUGUGUGAGAUGGGGAUGCAUUUAAAAUAUUAAUGUUUAGUCUCUGUGUUAUUUUUCCUCUUCGGGGAACCUCUUCAGGAAUCAUGUGUCCAGCUGUAGCAUAGACAAGCUACUCAUCGCCACAAACAUGAAACAGGUGCUUUCAAGCACUGCUUCUUUUCACACCACAGUCUCCUUGCCAAUCUUGCACAGACAUGAGUUGAAGGAAGACAUUUCAUGUGAAGCUUCAUACAAGCAAUCUAGUUCUAAACCAGACCAUCCAUCAACAGAGGGGUCUAGUUUUGUGAGAUGGGGAUGUAACUAUUCAGUGAAGAAAUUUACCUUCAUUUCUCUGUGUUGCAUGAUGUUUCUUUUUCUAUAUUUUUCCAAAAUGGUUAAAUGGACUUCAAUAAUGGCUUUUUUGGAUCUUCAGAACCAAAAUAAACCUGACCACACACACAUGACUGAGGAGCUAUUUGUUACACCAUACAGAGAGAUGACAGUAGAGGACGUAAUUUCCUCCUUAAGGGGGAAUUUCCCAACAGCCACCAACUUCACCUCUUUCCAGAGCUCUUCCAGUGCCCGACACAGUGUGGCCAGACUGAAGCAGCCCAGGGACCAGUUCUGUGUGGGAGACACACUGAAUGUGCUGGUGGAGAUGAGAGACUAUAGGGGGCGACCAAAGGCCUAUGGAGGAGACUUCAUUCUGGCUCGGAUUCACUCUCCCAAACUUCAGGCGUCUGCAUCAGGAGAUGUCACUGACUUCCACAAUGGCUCCUACCGUGUGCAUUUCACUUUGUUCUGGCCUGGGGAGGUGCAGGUCUCUGUGCUUCUGAUUCACCCCUCUGAGGCAGUGCAAGUCCUCUGGAGAACCGGGAAGCAGAACUACAAUAAGAUUGAGUAUACAGCAACCUUUGUCAAUGGAAACAAGACAGAGAAAGCUACAUGUGGUCUCCGACUGAACAAAAAAGCCCCUCUGUGUGAAUACAAAGACGAGGAGGAAGGGGAAUAUUUUGCUUGUGUACAACCCCCAACCCUGCCCUGCAGCUCCUUGAACACCAUAGCCUCCCACAACACCCCAGGACCUUUUCUGACAAAAGACGAGACUCGGCUACUAGCCAAGACAAAUGUUGGAUUACAAAUAAAACACAACAUUAGGCCUGUGCGGGUCAUCAAUUGUUCUGGUAUAUCGCUUUUUGCCACUGCAGCCCACAGACCAUCUGAAAAGUGUGUGCCAGGCAUGAAGUCCCCUUUUCCUAGUGGCUAUUUCUUUGCAAACAGAUGGUUUUCCUCCUUCUGUCAGAUAGGCCCCUUCCUCAGUGAAGAUGCCAUUAACCGCUGUCUGACAGGAAGGAGACUGCAUGUCAGAGGUGACUCCACAGCACAUCAGUGGGUCAGCUAUUUGGGAGAAAAGCUAGGUCUGACAUUAAAAAAAUCACCUAUUGCUUGGAUGCCUUUCCUGGCUUUUGAUGACCACAGGAACAUCACUAUUCAAUGGAAAAAACAUAAUCCCCCCUGGAUCAUUGCCCACCACAUCAGCACGAAGGAGUUUGUGUACAUUUCCAGAGAUCUGGACAGUUUAGAUGUUGGCGAGGCCAGUCAGGAUGCAGUAGUCAUUGGAAUAGGACAGCACUUCCGGGCCUUCCCCCUGGAGUUCUUCAUCCACAGGCUCCUCAAUAUCCGUCGAGCGAUCUUACGACUGCAGGCCCGCAGCCCUCAAACCCAGGUCUUCAUCAAGCUGGAGAACAACAGGGAGUUCAGCUCAGUGAUUCUGCGUCUGAGUGACUGGUACGGCCACAUGCAGAACCUGGCGCAGAGGAAGGUGUUUGGGGACCUGAAGGUGGGGCUGGUAGAUGCCUGGGACAUGUCAGUGGCCGCCAACACCUUUUCCGUCCACCCUAACAAGAUUGUAGUCUCUAAUGAAGUGGCUGUCGCACUGUCAUACCUCUGUCAUAAUCUGUAGAGGUGUCUAGUAUGACUAUGUGCAUGGUAAUAUCUAUGUCCAUUACCAAGAUAAUAUGUGGGUACAAUAGGAAUAGAGUUACUAAUGACCUGCUUGCAAGUUACUAUGUGGCAUGGCUAAAAGUCAAGGUAGCGAUUCAUGCCACAAGGUCAAGGUGGUGUUCAAUUUAAGUGAAACUGGAGAUGCUAUGCUGGUAUGUCAGAAUAGCUGACUAUUAGGUAGAUAUAUUAAUAAGCAGGUAAAUGUCUAGAUCAUUGUCAAUGUAUUAGAAUGAUAUUGUGAUUCAUAAUUUGGAUAACUAGCUAGGUAUCUAUAUUAAGAUACCUUGUUUAGCUAGCUAGCAAAAUGUAUGAUAGCC